AUGCUUCCCCGUCAGCCUUAUCGUGGACCAGUCCGCAAAUUAGUCCUUGCCUUCGACGUGGGCACUACAUACAGUGCAAUUUCCUACUGUAUACUUGAUCCUGGAGAAGUUCCAAAGAUUGAGCCUGUCACCAGAUAUCCAGCCCAAGAGCACAGCGGAGGGAAUUCGAAAAUACCCUCUAUACUCUACUAUGAUUCAAAUGGAACUGCCCGUGCUAUUGGCGCUGAAGCACGACAGGAACAUAUCAUCGAAAGGGCCGAGGAAGACGGAUGGAUAAAACUCGAAUGGAAUUUGGCUGCCAACCAUAUCACCGACGACGAUAUCCCACCACUUCCGCGAGGCAAAAAUGCCGUCGAGGUACUUGGCGACUUCAUGCAAUACCUUUUUCGUUGUGCACGCAGCUAUAUCGAGGAGACUCAUCCAAGCGGAUCUAAUCUUUGGCGGUCACUCGAGAACCGCAUCGAAUUUGUCCUUACACAUCCAAAUGGCUGGGAGGGCCCGCAGCAGAAGCAGAUCAGACUAGCUGCCGUCCUUGGCGGUCUCAUUCCCAGCACAGAAGACGGCAUGGCACGUGUCCAUUUGCUGACCGAAGGAGAAGCGAGUUUGCAUUACUGUGUCGCUAAUAUCCUGGCCUCGGAUGCAUUGUCGAAGACACCGAUACUUGCACCUGAAGAGGGCGAAGAUGAUGACAGCUCGGCUAGUCAAGGCGUUGUCGUUAUCGAUGCAGGAGGAGGGACACUCGAUCUUAGUGCUUACUCGAUGACUUUAUCCCCGACGCUGAUCGAGGAGGUUGCUGCGGCCGAAUGUCGACUCCAGGGUUCUGUGUUCGUGACUCGUCGUGCUCAUGAUCUUCUUCAAGAAAAACUAUCCGGCAGUCGUUUCGGUACACCAGAUAUAGUCCAACAAAUGACGGACAUCUUCGACAGUACCACCAAACUUAGGUUCCGCAACCCGGAAGACCCAUCAUACAUCAAGUUCGGUACUGUCCGCGACAAAGAUCCUCAGCGCGAUAUUCGUAACGGUCAGCUUAAAUUGAGCGGACAAGACGUAGCAAAACUCUUUGAACCCUCAAUCAGCAGCAUCAUAGAAGCUUUCGAAAUCCAAAGAAAAGCCGCAGGUACUCCGAUCACAUUUGUAUUUUUCGUCGGAGGCUUUGCUGCGAGCGACUGGAUGUUCGCCAAGUUGCAAGCGUACUUCCAGUCGCUUAGCAUUAGCUUCAGUCGACCAGACAACCAUUGCAAUAAAGCUGUUGCAGAUGGUGCUGUGUCAUAUUUCAUCGAUCAUUUGGUAUCGUCGCGUGUGGCCCGUUUCACAUAUGGCACAGAGUGUAGCGUUCCAUUUAAUCCAUUCGAUAUGGAGCAUCGUGCCAGGCAAAAGGAAGCGCAGCAGGGAACACGGGUUUCUGAGCAGCAAGAGUUCAGCGAGACAUUUGCUAUCCGACGGUAUAAUCAGGCCGCAUGUAACCAAGUCGAUGUCGGCAUCAUGUCGUACAGGGGCCUCCUCCCAAAACCGGAUUGGAUGGACACGGAGCGAAACACAUCGAAAAUUGCCGAGAAGCUAACACUCAAGCGGUCUGCCGAAGGUUCCACGUAUUAUGCGAUGGAGGUCAAAGUCAUUCUUCUCUUCGGAUUGACAGAGUUGAAGGCUGUGAUCGGCUGGGAAGAUGGGGGUUGCACCAUUACUUACUUACUUGGACACAGAUUCCCAUCCCAAGAAAACGUCGGAGGGGAUUGUAAAAUACCGUCCAUUAUAUGCUACGACCCAGAUGGCACUGUGCGCGCUGUAGGAGCCGAAGCAACACAAGAAUAUAUCGAAGAGAAAAUUGAAGAUGACGGAUGGGUGAAGCUGGAAUGGUGGAAGCUUCAUCUUCGUCCUAGAACCAUGGCGUCUUCUCAUGUCACAGACCAAGACAUCCCAGCCCUCCCGCAGAACAAGACUGCCGUCCAAGUCCUCGCUGACUUCAUGCACUACCUGUAUCAGUGCGCUAGGAAGUACAUUGAGGAGUCGCAUUCAAACGGCGCAGACAUGCUACGCUCUGUCGAGCACACAAUCGAGUUUGUGCUUAGCCACCCAAAUGGAUGGGAGGGGCCGCAGCAGACGCAGAUCCGCAAUGCAGCGAUCAUGGCAGGGCUUGUACCCGAUACGCCAGAAGGCCGGACAAGAAUCCAUCUCGUCACAGAGGGCGAGGCGAGUCUUCACUAUUGCCUUGGUAGUGGUCUCGCUGCCGACGGGUUUCAGGGCGACGAGGGCGUGAUUAUUGUCGACGCUGGUGGAGGAACGAUCGAUGUCAGUGCAUAUCAUAUGACAACAGUACCAUCCUUCGAGGAGAUCGCACCUGCAGAGUGUCGCUUACAAGGAUCCAUCUUCGUGAGCCGUAGGGCCAAGGCAAUGCUCCGAGAUAUGAUUUCUCAUAUGGCUACCAUUUUCGACUCAACAACAAAGCAACGAUUUAGCAACGAGGACGACCCGGCAUACAUCAAAUUUGGUACGAUCAGGGACAAGGACCCUAGUUUCAACAUCAGAUCUGGGCAGUUGAAGUUAAUGGGGUCCGAUGUAGCAGCGUUAUUUGAGCCGUCUGCAGCAGCUAUAAUCGAAGCUAUCGAGGAGCAGCGCCAUGCUGCAGCCCGAACUAUCAGCACCGUUUUCCUCGUCGGUGGUUUCGCAGCUAGUGAUUGGCUCUUCAUAAAACUACAGAACCAUCUAAGACCAUUGGGGCUCGAUUUUUGUCGGCCUGACAGCCACACGGCUAAGGCGGUCGCGGAUGGCGCCGUAGCAUUUUUCAUAGAUCAUCGUGUCUCUGCACGUGUUGCCAAGUUCACGUAUGGCACACGCUGUGCGACACAAUUCGACAGGAACGAUCCUCAACACAAGCUGCGUGCCAGUAUGGCCGUCCCACGCCCAUCAGGCAGGACCGUCCUGCCUAAUGCAUUCAGCGCAAUUCUAACCAAGGGCACUGCUGUAUCCGAGACGAAGGAGUUCAGCAAGAGCUUCAUUACGGAAGUAGUAGACCGUUCUGCAUGCAAUAUGAUUACCACGGAGAUCAUAUGCUACAGAGGUGACAGCCCCAAUCCACGAUGGACAGAUUUAGAACCAGGCAUGUUCUCAACCUUGUGCAAUGUGCAUGCGGACACCUCGAAAGUGGCACGCACCAUCAGCCCACGACGGGGUUAUGCUGGGCUGCAGUUCUAUCGCCAAGAGUUUAGUAUCAUCCUCAUGUUUGGCCUGACGGAACUCCAGGCGCAACUUUGUUGGAAAGAGGACGUAAGUGCCUCUCGUGAUCUUGCGCCAAGGUCGCCAGCCGCUGUCGUAUUCGACCAAGUGGUCGAAGCAGCCUAG